AUGGAGGGUUUCAAGGGGGCGGGGCUUGCGCAGCCCCCCCCGAGGCGCCGCAGACAGCUCUGCAUUUGCAUGGCGAGCGAUUUCUUUUUCCCUAGCUUGGGAGGGAUUGAGACGCACAUUUACAAUCUCUCGCAAUGUCUCAUUCAGCGAGGUUUCAAAGUUGUCGUCAUCACGCACUACGCGAAGAAGCGAUAUGGCGUGCGGUAUCUGUCCAACGGACUGAAAGUUUACUACCUCCCAUUUCUUCCGGUUGCGAACAACGCCACGCUCCCGACGUUUUUCGCCUUCUUCCCUCUCAUUCGGAACAUUCUGCUGCGGGAGCGAGUAGACAUCGUGCACGGACAUCAGUCGACCAGCACGCUUGCUCACGAGACGCUGAUGAUUGCGCGGGCGCUUGGCAUGCAAGUGGCGUACACUGACCACAGCUUGUUCGGCUUCGAUGAUAUGGCCUGCAUCCACCUGAACAAAAUCGUUCGCUUUUCUCUCCACGACCUCGACGCGUGCAUCUGUGUCUCGCACACGCAUCGCGAGAACUUCGUGCUGCGCGCGGGAAUCCACCCGUCGCGCGUCUCUGUCAUCAGCAACGCAGUCGACGCAAGCACCUUGGUUCCUGAUCCUGCGAAGCGGCCGCAGCCGCCGCAGGUUCGCGUCGUCGUGCUGUCGCGUCUCGCAUACCGCAAAGGAAUCGACCUGCUGGUGACGGUCAUUCCGCCGAUCUGCAAGAAGCUCCCCCACGUCAACUUUGUGAUUGGCGGAGACGGCCCCAAGCGCAUCAUUCUCGAAGAGAUGCGAGAGAAGCACCGCCUGCAGGACCGCGUCGAGCUAAUUGGCGCCGUGUCGCACGACAAAGUGGGCGCUCUCCUGCAGUCAGGUCACAUCUUCCUCAAUACCUCGCUCACCGAGUCCUUCUGCAUCGCGAUCGUCGAGGCAGCCGCCUGUGGCAUGCUCGUCGUGUCUACGAACGUCGGAGGCAUUCCUGAGGUGUUGCCGCCGCAUAUGGUGCUGCUCUGCGACCCCGACGACCUGCAAGUCCAACGGCGGCUCGCGGAGGCUGUGGCUAUGGUUCACACCGUGGAUCCUUUUCGCUUCCACCGCGAGAUCCUUCAGCGCUACUCCUGGCAUGACGUCGCUGCCCGCGUGGAGCGCGUCUACUUCUCGCUGCUUUUUCCCGAGACGAAAGUCUAUCCUCCGUGCUCAGCUUCGGCGACGCCCUGCCUGUGCGGGCACUCGCCUUUGGGGCCCAGCGAGGACGACCCGCGCGAAGCCGCUCACUUCUGUGUCUGUGCGAGACGCACCUUCUGGCGGGACGACGCGAGAAGCAUCUCGCUAGAGGGGGAGGAGGACGUUACUUCGUCUCCGCGGGUUGACACGCGCAGUUUCUAUGAGGAUAGUCUUUGUGCGUGUUGUGACAAGCCGCCUCUCUGCUGCGGCUGUCUCGAGCUUCCGCCCUCGCCUCCGCCGCUCCCGUCGCCGUUCCUCGUCGUGCAGCGACUGCGUAAGCUCUACGCGUUGGGCCCAGUCAGCGGAAAAAUAUUCUGCAUCGUCGCCAUCAUCACGUGGGUUUACAUCCGCGUGCUCGAGUUCUUCUACCCGAGCGCCGAGAUCGAAGAGGUUCCAGCCUUCCCCUGCGACAUCCUUCUUUGCCUCGCUGAGGAGAGCGGACCUGAGGAAAGCGAGAAUCUCGCGAACAGCGAGAGUGCUAGCCAGGAUCAGCUGCACUAA